UUAGUAAAUACAGUGGUGUAAUUUUCCUUUCCAGCUGAUGAUCCAUCCAGACCCAACCAAACGACCAUCGGUCUCUGACCUCAUCAAGCACCCGGUGCUGCUGACGGCUGCCAGGAUGAGCGCCGACCAGCUCCGAGUCGAGCUCAACGCUGAGAAGUUUAAGAACGCUCUGCUGCAAAAAGAACUGAAGAAAGCCCAGCAGGCCAGAGCUGCGGCCGAAGAGAAGGUGCUGUCCACCGACCGGAUCCUGACCCGCUCCACGCUCCAGUCCAACCCCAGAACUUCCAGACUCAUUGGGAAGAAGAUGAACCGGUCGGUCAGCCUCACCAUCUACUGACCUGAAACCCCAAAGGCUCAUGGACCUUUCUUAAGGAGUAGAAGCGGUCAGGUUUUUGGAGAAGAACCCCCCCCGUCCGUUAUUGUUGGGAUCUUCUGCCCGACCCGAGCUGUAGACUGUUGCUACACCAAACUGGAAGUUCUCUCAAUAAACUCUGGUGUAGUUCAGCCGCGUUUCUGGUGGACCUUUUUUAUUUUUUAUUUUUAUUUUUUUUCUCCUUUUUGGCGGAGGGGGGGGAGAAACUCUUAUUUCCUUAAAGGUAGUUGGUUUACCUUUCACUCUCAGUCAUUCCUUAAGUUUGCCAAGACGUCAAGCUCUUUGCCAGGUUGCCCGGACGACAGCGGAUCCUGCCAGCGACGCGUCGCUCCCUCCGGAGUGAAUGUACUUUCCUUUAGCCGUGCGCACCUUACUGCCUGAUGUUCUGGAAACUGACCAUGUCUGUUUGGAAAGGAGCACUUUGUAGGGCAACAUGUGGUACUACUGCUUACCACGGCGUUUUAAGGAAGACAAAAAAGGAAAAUAUCUUGCUGCUAUUGAUGUCAUGUAUGUGUCAGGGCUUCUACUCAAAGUUUGGAUCGUUCUACAGAUUAAUCCACCAUUCAACCCCCUCCCGUUUCAGUUUGGAGGGAUUUUUGGAUCAUGUGAUCUGAAGACUUCGUUCUGUUUUGAAUUAUAGAAACCAGUAAUCGGACUCGUUAUUUGAGAGGUUUUGGACGGAUCCACUCUUUGGUUUUAGUUUCCCUGGUGAUCUGUGCUUCCAGCCCCCCCAGCCCUCCUGUAGCAUUAGAACAAUCAUUGUCCUGUCCUGCCAUCGGCUUCCCAAAGCUCAUAACCCAAAUGUCAAAAGGAUUACUCCUCUUCAUGUUCUUGUAACCCCUAACACAAAGCGUUUGUUGCUGUAACAUGUACAUAUGUUCUGUAAUAAAUUCUCAUGAAUCAUCUUUUUGU